GUACGAAAGUCCCAAGGACUUGGUUAGCACUCACACUGGAAACCAAGUGACAUCGGUGCUUCUUAAUUUGCCUUCCGAUAGUUUUGUAAACGGGUACCCACUCUCUUUUCGUUCCGGCUCUACAGGAGCAAACAUGGCGGCAGAGGGUGAUGUGGAUUUGGACCUGGAAGCUGAGGAGAACUGCACUGGGAAACCAGCAGAAAAGCCUCGGAAACAUGAUAGUGGGGCUGCCGAUCUGGAGAGAGUCACUGAUUAUGCCGAGGAGAAGGAAAUAUCAAGCUCCGAUCUUGAAACGGCUAUGUCAGUGAUUGGAGACAGGAGAUCAAGAGAACAGAAAGCUAAACAAGAUAGGGAAAAGGAACUGGCUAAAGUCACUAUCAAGAAAGAGGAUGUAGAACUCAUUAUGGGUGAGAUGGAGAUCUCCCGAGGAGUGGCCGAGCGCAGUCUGAGAGAACACAUGGGCAACGUGGUAGAGGCUCUGAUUGACCUGUCAAACUGACCAGGAGAAACUGAUCCUAGAGCAGCUUUAUGCAGCAGCAUUGGACACCGGACUGCUUCCUAGCCUGACCGUAUUCACUGACUCCAUUUCAUAGCUCAAAUCAGACAUUUUGUCACUGAAAUAAAAUGUUGCGUUUCUCUUUAUGUAUAUUCAACAAUACUUCAAAAUUGAUUACUUUUGCAAGCACCUGUUUUUGAUUUAUAAUAAAUGUGGAAUGAAAUAAAACCAAUGGAUGAAAA